AUUCAUGACAGUCGAAACACCACACCUUUAACACUACCCUUCGUGACUUCAGCAGUCAUCGAACAGCUGAGCAACAAAAUAGCGGAAGGGCAGAGCGACCGUUUUUCGUGCGGACGGUGUCUCUUUCGAAAACUACAACAGUCACUCGCUGCCGCUGCUGCCUCGUCUGCCACGCCCCCCGGGGGACCCCGCGUGCCGGUCGAGUUGAAAACGGGCUGUCGGACGACUGUGCGGUUAUUGUCUUUUAUCCCGCUUCAUUCGUCUUCCGCUAGCUUAGCAACGUCCCAGGGUCGGGUGCGCCACAAAUAUGUUAUUCUCACUCCUGUAUAGCAACCGUUGACGGGAAUAUCACCCCCUAUUAUCUGCUUUCACGGAUACUUUCUUCUCCGUGUUCCCCUUGCGUUGUUCUGUUUUCGAACUUUCGCGGUUUUGUCCCCUUGGUCACAAUCCUCGGAGCGUGUCGGUGACGUUGUAUAGCGUUUUGCGUACUCAUCCCUUUCGACCACUGGUGACUUCUUCCCUUCCGUGCUAACAGCAUGGACGUGCAACGCGAAUUUUCCUCCGACGCGAUCUCCGACCAUUUUGAAGGCAGUGAAGAGAUGAUGGCGCAGCAAGAGGCGUCGGCCGAGACCAUGCUCGAUGUCAGAUCAAAUGAGAUUGAAGGCUACGAAGUGCCGAUCAACGAUUGUCAAUACGACAUCAGCAUGGACCAAGUUCGGACGGAUGAGCAAACGACAGCAGAGGACUCUGCGCUUGGUCUGACGACCAAAGCAGCCUUGGAGGUCACACACAGACCAAGCACAACAGAGGAUGAAUCUUUGGAGAAGAACGAGGAGCAUGACGAUUCUUACGCCGUCACCCCCGCUCCGCCUACGCUGGCUGAACUGCUGGAGGCGGGCAUGCAAGCCUUCGAUUUCGCGAAGUUCUUCAGCUCUAGAAAGUCUCCCGCCUUCCCUCCAAAUCUGCAACCCGUCCAGCUGCCGGAUGGUGGUCUUGUUGAAAUCUUCCGGUUGCCGUCUUUUAACGUCGGCGUGUCUCAAAAUAUGCCAGUGACACAGUUCAACGCGCCCGUACUUGACACGGGUUUAAGCCCAGUUCUUCAAUAUCGUGGACUGCCCCCGUGUAUCUCUUCUCGAAAAAAUAUUGUCUUUCAUCAUGUUGGCGGAUCUAAUGAGGAGGUAUGGGGCGCUUCACAAGUCCAACCGACGGUGAAGAAAUCGGGUUGGCCUGUGCCCAGUUGGGAACCCAAUGCGCGCCUAAUCAAAACCGGUAUGGCUUAAGAUGGCAAAUGUGGUCCGGUAACACAUGAGGCUGUGUGUGCGUUCGCGCAUCUGUCUGAUAUCCGAUGCUCAUCUUUGUGGAGCUGAGUGCUACUGCGAUGUUGCAAAGGUCAUGCGGUGUGACUCGUAACAGAAGGUCUUGGUGUGGCGGGGAGUAGUUCACCGCAUCUGCCUUCGCGACAUAUUCUGUGUUUCUCUCGGAUGCCACUGCCGUCUAGGUCCAGUCGUACUUAAAUUGGAGGGCGGCUGGUUGAUGGUCUUCUGUAAUCUUGAAAUGUUAUGUUGACAGUGUGUGAGUAUGUUGUAAUUGGGGGGACAGCUUUGGGUGGUGGCCGAGGGCAGCACGCAGUCUCUUACUUUGUUGAAGUUAGGGCUGCUCGAAAACAGCGACCCCUGUUACACAACACACACUCGGACUGUGAAUCGUUGAGCAUCGUUUAGAUCCUCAAUGUAGGGAAAGCAUCAGGACUGUAAGCUGUGGUGCAAAUAUGGCACUGUUCCGAGACAAGCUGUCUUCGGGAUUCAUGUCACAGGAUUCAUCUUUUCGGGCACUGGAAUAGGAGCGGACACAGAGUGACCGGUAUAGUGGCAAGACAGGAAAUUGGAACGUUGUGAACCAUUAUAUUCUUCCGUAAUGCACAAUAUUCUAACGAGUCUUUACCCUGCUUGGUACACAUACCUCCAUGUUUUUACUACCGCUUUCUUGGAGACAGCCAGACGAAAGAGUCGCCCAGUUGCCAGGGGAUGAAGUGAAAUGACGGCGAUAUACAGCUAAAUACACUGCCAGAUAACCUGCGGAAAGCGAGAUUAACUGUAGUCACACAAAAGGUGACGUGCCCUUGUGGUGGAUCGACAUCCUCGUGAGAGGCCCGCGGCAGCAGAGAAAACAGGUGGAAAGUGCUCGACGGACACAUUAAAUGCGGUGAAUGCCAUCCAAAAAAAAAUUAGAGGGAUGGUGGACAGUGCGAAGCCUUUCCUCACUGCAUGUGUGAAACGAAAGGGAUGCCUUGACGCCCGCAUGCACUUGUUUUCUGGGCGAUGACCGUGACUACCCAGGCAGGGGGCAAAAUAGUGCUUUUUCGUCAAUGAACUUCAUCGUUCAGAAUCUGCUACAGUAUCCUGGUAGUUAAUAACUUCAGCAUCAAGAGUCCAGCUCCUCCCGCGGUGCUACAUACCAGAAAAGGAGAGUUCGAAAACGUUCUUCUCUAGAGGAGGGAACAGAUACGAGUACGAAAGAGGGAAAAAAACUCUGCUCUGGAGUCACUGAAUGCCUCAGCGUGCGAAACGCGGAGAUGCGGGUACCCACGCGUUUUUCCUCGCAAUCGUUUCUUUUAGUGAAGGAGUUGUGAGCUCUGUGGCCAGUCACAGCUCGAGAGAAGUCGAUUCUUCUUUGGUCUGUGAUGACUGGUGCUCCCUAGCAGAUGUCUUCGCCAACCAAUCAUCUUCAGUGUUCGUCUCCGAAAAUCGACUAUCAAUGCAGCUGUUCUAACCUGUCAACGGUAGCAGUGCAGAGACACUACUAGCGUGUUCGGGGGGAAGAUUCACCGCUUCGAGGGCCUGUUGACGCCCCGUCUUCUGCUGGAAGCUCUGAAGUUUCAUGCUUAGGUCCUCAAUUUGGCGUCCAGUGGUUGUGCAUGGACAAUCUGAUACUGCUGUGGUCCUUGAAAAAUCGGCAUAUCCAGGCCUGGGUCGUUGUUCGGCACCUGUAGCCAUGAGUUGAGAAUACAACGUCUGUACCUUCCUGAUAGAACCAACACAUCCGACAAAAUCGCC